AUGCCUGUCCCGCUGACCGUCCGCAUUCGAAGGUACAGGGUCCAGCUCAUUUUCAUAGCUGUUUUCUUCAUAUUUCUCUUUCAAUACCACAAAUCAUCCAACUUUGCUCCUGUAACAUUCCCUAACGAGCCACCUCAGCAACCCAUAGUUCACAAUGUCCCAGUCGCAGAACAAGAAGCAGUCCUGCCAAACAAACAACUCCCGAAGCUAAACAAAGAACAAGACGACAUCUCUCUUGACCGCACAAGGCCAAAGAAAGUUGCACCAAAAAUUCUUGAGGCUCCCGAUGUUCCCUUUGAAGAAGACGUCGGAGUUGCCGGUGCCGCUGCUGAAGCUGCCACCGCUGCUAUUGCCGCUUCCAAAAAUGAAAAACCUUCUUCUGAAAACACAAUCACCAAUGACAACCAACCACUGAAAUUCCCACCAAGUUUGGGCGGUGGCACCAUCACUGGCAAUAUCAACAUUGACCGCCUUAACAAUGCCAAUCCUAAUGACAUCAACCCCAAGGGCAAGAGCUCGCUUCCUCAGUUGCCCUCUGCAGACGAUCCUCUUGCUCCCAAGUAUACUCCAGGUGACAAUAUUGUCUACCUCCCUUCAAACCGCCACAGUACGAUCCGUGCCAUUGACAGGGUUCUCGAGCCCACAUACGAGGACUGGAUCACUUUAGAAAUCAUUGGUACUGGAAAUACAAAUACUCGUCUUGACGGUAUCGGUGGAUCAUUCCGUCCUAAAGUUUCAAAGCUUCCACGCUCCCAGAAUUUCCCCCCAUCAAGUAUCAUCUCUCUGCCUUCCGGUGGAACCACCCUUCCUCAAAUCCAAGCUACUACCUUUUACACUCAGUCCGAUUCUGAUCGCACUGAGCGUCUUCGCCGUCUGGAACGUGCAAAGGAGGUUUUCCGCAUUGCUUGGAAUCAGUACCGCACUCAUGCAUGGGGUUAUGACGAAAUCAAACCUGUUUCCCAAGUCGCCUUUAACCCAUUUGCUGGAUGGGCUGCCACACUUGUCGACGCUCUUGAUACAAUGCAGAUCAUGGGUCUUACCACGGAGUUUCAAGAAGCCAUAGAACUUUUGAAGACGAUUGACUUCUCUAGCACCUUUAGAAUAGACAUUCCUCUCUUUGAAACUGUCAUUCGUUACCUUGGUGGACUUCUCUCUGCAUAUGAUCUCUCUAACCAGAGCGAAAAGGUUUUGCUGGACAAGGCCAUUCAACUCGCUGACAACCUAAUGGGUGCAUUUGAUACCCCAAAUAGAUUCCCUCGCCUACAUUUCAAGUGGGAGGACACCCAACAAAAAUACAAGGAACGUGCGGGCUCUUCUUCCAAUCUUGCAGAGUUUGGCUCUCUUUCUGUAGAGUUUACUCGUCUUGCCCAGCUUACUGGAAACAACACUUAUUACGAUGCCGUUGAUCGUCUCACCCAAGCGUUGGCCCGUAAAGCCCCAGGUCUCUCCAAGCCAUAUCUCUUUCCACCAGGGCUUGACACUUCCGGAUGUAACCUGGUUCCUCUUGAUUCAAACUCUGAAAGCAACGCCCAAAAGUCUCAGAGAAACCUCCCGCUUGCUGGAGAAACUGUAGUGGACGCUGCUGAAAGUUCAGCAUCUUCUUCAGCUGUUGCUGACGGGUCUAUUAGCACUAUUCCUCUAUCACUACUAAGCUCUAAUAGUAUCACUCUUUCUUCUUCAUCUACAACUAUUUCAUCUCCAUCCUCCUCCUUCUCCUCUUCCUCGGCUACCCAGACUACUACGCCGUCUGCCACGUCUACCUCUACCACUUCUAUUCCUACGUCAUUGUCAACCACUUUAACCACACCAACCUCUUCUUCCACUUCAUCUAAUGCUGUUACCUCUCCUACCACCAGCGCUGGUUUUUCCGACUCUGCGGCUUCUACUUCUUCUCCUAACAUUUUUCAGAACCAAGCCACCGUCAUCACCCAGACUCAGACCCCUACAACUGUUGCCGUUUCCACAGUAUCCCCUUCCACAUCAUUUUCCGUUCAAAACUCAGCGUCAACAAUUAGCCAAGUUGCUUCAGAAAACACUGUUUCCGUUGACUCCAUUGUUCUUGUUCAAAAUGAUCCAACUGCUGUUACGGCUACUUUGACCCAAACAAGUCCCGGUGCAAAUGCAUUUUUCUCCAGCGCCAACAACCAAAACUACAUUGCCAAUAAUGUUUACAAUGGCGGGAAUGCAGUUACACCUUCUUUGAUCUCAGUUGUCAGCUCUAACUCUCUGGCCACUGGCCAAAUUUUUAUUGCUAAUCCUACCCCCACUUUUAACAUUAACAAUGUCCCAACAACAGUUGUUUUGUUCAACCGCGAAGAGGAUAGUGCCGGGGAUGAUGACGAGUCUAAUGCUGAAGACAAUUCUAAUAAAGGUGUUGCCCUUGAACGUCGCCAAUUAGGUUAUACUUUUCAAGCAAGUACUAAGGUUAGCGUUAGCGGUCCUGGGGCUGUUAGCGUUGCAGCCGCUGCAGCUGCUGUGGUUGGAGGAAACAACAAUGGGCAAGCUCGGGUUUAUACUAAAACCGUUUAUGCAAGCACACCAAAAGCUGCUAGCACACAGGCUAGUGAUGUCGGGUCUUCUGCUGGUUCACAAGCCGGUUUGAGUGGAUCUCAAGCUGGCUCACUAGCUGGUUCUUUCUCAGGAUCAAAUGGCUUUCAAGCAGGCUCUAAUGCAUUUUCUGGUAAUGGCUUUGCUCAGGCAUUUGCCCAGGCAGGUAAUGCUGUAGCUGUAGCCAAUGUCAAUCUCAAUUCACCCGCUGUUGCUUUUGUUGCACCCACAAUGGUUUCUUCAGUACAAACCCUGACACACCCUUCAGUUCAAGUGCAGGUCAAUUCUGGUACCCAAUCAGCUCAAGUGCAAUCUGUUAGCACUACUAUCAAUCAGUCCCCUACUGUUCAGUCUCCAUAUACAAUAACCACUACUGUUAAAGCUCCUGUUCAAUCCCAGUCUCCAUAUACAAUAACCACUGUUAUUAAGGCCUCACCUUCCCAAGAAACUCAGGAAAUUCAAAGGUCAACACAAUCUACAGCAGAUGUUUCAUUGACUUCAACUUUAACGUCUACAUUUUCUUCUGAUGCCUCAGGAUCUGUUCAAGUUCAAGUUGGGGCUCAAGCUGGUACUUCAGUUGCUGGUCAAGGAAGCACGCAAGUCCAGGAUUUCACAUCUGUUGAGGCUAAUGGUGCAAAUAUAGAAGUUGAAGCUACAACUUCUGCACAAGCUGGGAAUGUUGGAACUACCACCUCUGCCCAAGGUGCUCGGCAAACUACUUUUUAUAUCGCUUCUUCUGCUUCUGCAUUCCAAUCCUCUCCCAAUUCCGCAAGUGUUAAUGCUGUUGGCUCUGUUUCUACAUCUAUUGGGGAUGUUGGGACUUCUAAUUACGACACUGCAAAUGAUUCUGAUGCUAUUUCUAAUGAUGACUCCACAACCACUGGGUCUCUUUUUGAUUUCUCUGCUUAUGCGAACAAAUUUGACUUGUCUAAGAUGUCUCUUAACAGCAAGUUCCCUUUCAUUAAGAUUAGAAAUUCUGAAGCAGAAUCUUCUAGUUUUGCUAAGCGUGGUGUCAUUGUGCCAGAAAUUGCUCAGGCUGAGUCGGCAGAUAAUAUUGAAAAGAGACAGUCUUCAUCAACAACAACUUCUGAUGGUCUUCAAAAAGUUAUUGCAGUUUAUACUGGUGGUCAAGCUGUAUUGACUGGUUGUCAAAGUCAAGAUCUUGUUGCCAAAGAUAGUCAAAAUGGUUCUACUCUGAGUAUGAGUGGUGGGACAGAUAGUGCCUACGAAUACUAUUUAAAAGAGUAUAUCCUUCUCAAUGGUGCUGACGACUCUUUGAGAACUCUUUAUACAAAUACUAUUGAUGCUGCUAAUGACAAUUUAGUUUAUAAGCCCAUGGUUGAAGGUGAUCCUGAUAUUCUGUUUAUGGGUGCAGUUGUCAAUCGUGAAAAUGGAUUUUAUCAGUUUGAUGCUCAAAUGUCUCAUUUAACCUGUUUUGUUGGUGGAAUGUAUGCCAUGGGCUCUAAAAUCUUUAACCGGCCUGAUGAUUUGGAAAUUGCUCGCAAACUGACACAAGGGUGUGUUUGGGCAUACAAUUCCACUCGAACUGGUAUCAUGCCGGAGUCUUUUACUGCUAGACGUUGUCCAUCUUCUUCGUCCACUUGCCAUUUUGAUUUUGACACGGUGGAUGAGGUGGUCCAAGAAGACAGCACCAACAUUCUCAACUCUCUUCACCAACAAGGAAUUUCAACUGAAAGUUAUGACGCUUAUUCUUUCAUGACUAAACCAAAUGUUUCAGUUAUUAGUGAUGGAAAUGGGGGAACUAGAUGGCCUGUUGAUGGAAAUUAUGACCAGCCCAAAUCUUUCAUCAGAAUGGACUGCAGAUACGUUUUACGCCCUGAAGCGUUGGAAAGUGUUUUCUACAUGUACCGAAUUACUGGUGAAAAGAUUUGGCAGGAUCAAGGUUGGCAGAUGUUUGAAAGCAUAGUCAAUGCUUCAAAGAUUGAAUCGGGUAGUGGAUCUAUUCAAGGUUAUUCUGGUAUUAGUGAUGUUUCUGAUGAUCGACCUCUUUCACAACAACCUGACAAAUAUUUGGAUUCCGCGGAAAGUUUUUGGUGGGCAGAAACUCUCAAAUAUGCAUACCUUUUGUUCGCCGACCCAGACGUGAUUUCGCUGGACGACUAUGUUCUUAACACUGAAGCGCAUCCAUUAAGACGACGAACAGCUUAA